CCAGACGGCACUCGCUCCAAGCGGAAACCCCCGUGAAAAAGCGUUCGCACGGGCGGCACGCACGCACGCACGCACGCACGGCAACAUUCGCCCACGUCCCAGUGGACCAGUCACUAGUGUCACCAGUCACCGCAUACUCGCUCGCCGCUGCCGCAGCCGAGCCGAGCCCGACGCGUGCGGGCAGUUCCAGCGCCGCGGCUGCGGAAUGCCGCACUCCUACUCGCAUCCAGCCUUGGCCCGCCUGCCCCCCGGCUCCGUCCGGCUCGUCAUCGGCUUCGGGCUGCUGCUUCUCGUCUCGCUGCUCGUCCUCCACCGCCGCCCCGCGAGACCCCUGGUGAGGAGCGGCGGCCGCCACCCCGACCCCGCCGCGCUGUUCCUGUCGCUGUCUGCGGGGGCCAACGCUAGCAUCGCGGCCGACCUCCGCGCGCUCACCGCGGGGCCGCACCUCGCUGGGACGCCCGCGGCGGCGGGGGCCACCGCGCACGUCCUCGCCCGCCUCCGCGCCGCCGGGCUCCAAACCCUAACGCGCGAGUACAAGCCGCUCCUCUCGUACCCCGGGCAUGCCUCCCUCGCGCUGCUCCGUCCCGACCGGUCUCUCCUCUCGCGCCUCUCUGUCGAGGAGCCCGCGGACGUGGGGCGCCGCCUCGUGCCGCCCUACCACGCGUACGCGCCGUCCGGCGGGGCCGUCGCGGAGGCGGUGUUCGUCAACCUCGGCCGCGAGGAGGACUACCUCGGGCUCGAGAGGCUCGGGGUGGGCGUGCGCGGCCGGAUCGCGGUGGCGCUCCGCGGAGGCGGCUAUCGCGGCGGGGUGGUGGCGCGCGCCGCGGAGAAGGGCGCCGUCGCCGUGCUCAUUGCCGGCCACGCUGACGGAGGCGUCGAGAGAGGUGUCGUUCUGCUCGGCGGCCCCGGGGACCCGCUCACGCCCGGGUGGGCCGCCACCGGCGGGGCGGAGCGUUUGGGGUUCGACAAUGAGGCAGUGAAGCGGCGGUUCCCGACGAUCCCCUCCAUGCCAGUUUCAGCCAAGACGGCAGUUGCGAUCAUACGGAGCCUGGGAGGCCCGGCUAUACCCGCGGAAUGGCAGGUCGGUAUCGGGGUGGAUAUCGGUGGCGUUGGACCGGGCCCCACCUUGGUCAACUUCACGUAUCAGGAGGACAGGAUAUUUGCCACGAUACAGGACGUUUUUGCUAUCAUAAAAGGGUAUGAAGAACCUGAUCGUUAUGUGAUACUCGGUAACCACAGGGAUGCAUGGACUUAUGGAGCAGUUGAUCCUAACAGUGGGACCGCUGCACUUCUUGAUAUUUCUCGGCGUUUCGGAAUAAUGCUGCAGUCAGGAUGGACACCACGGAGGUCCAUCAUUCUUUGUAGUUGGGACGCUGAAGAGUUUGGGAUGAUAGGAUCAACUGAAUGGGUUGAAGAGAACCUUGCAGAUCUGCAUUCCAAAGCUGUAGCUUACUUGAACGUUGAUUGUGCUGUGCAAGGCGUGGGACUAUUUGUUGGCUCUACUCCCCAAUUGGACAAGCUCUUGGUUGAUGUUACGAGACAGGUAAAGGAUCCUGAUGUCAUCGGAAAGAUGGUUCAUGAUACAUGGAAUGAAAUGAAUGGCGGCAUCAAUAUAGAAAGACUGGCCAGAACUGAUUCCGACUUCUCUCCAUUUUUACAUCAUGCUGGGAUUCCUUCUGUGGACUUGUACUAUGGAAAAGAAUUUCCUGGCUACCAUACUGCUCUUGACUCUUAUAACUGGAUGGCAAAGCAUGGUGAUCCAUUGUUUCUUCGUCAUUUGGCUAUCACAGAAAUUUGGGGACUACUGGCUCUUCGCUUGGCAGAUGAUCCUGUGUUACCUUUUGAUUAUCAGGCUUACGCUUCACAGAUACAGGAGCAUACAAAUGCAUUUGCUGCCAUGAUGAAUAAUAUUCAACGAGUCAAUUUGAUGAAUGGAUUCAUCAAAGAUCUUUCUGGUGCAGCCAUGGAAGUUACGAAGGAGGCAAAGAGACUACAGCAGUUGGAUUUACACGAUGAACACGCUACGAUGAUAAGGCGAUUGUUGAACGACCGCCUCCUACUUGCUGAAAGAAGCUUCCUGCAAUCGGAAGGACUUAAAGGAAGAGGAUGGUUUAAGCAUCUGCUGUACUCGCCUUCGGAGGACUACGAAAGCAAACUAUCGUUCUUCCCUGGCAUCGCCGACGCCAUCUCACGGUCGGGCAAUCUGAGUGCCAAAGAACAGAAGGUGGCAGUGCAGCAUGAAGUGUGGAAAGUCUCCCAGGCAAUUCAAAGGGCCGCGAGUGUUCUUAGAGGUGAAUUCGUCAGUCAACAAAAUGAACCAUCGAACUUCAGCUUCUUAGUAGCUCCAUGAGGUAUGUAUAUAAAUAAGGCUGUUGGGGUUUGCCGAGAAAUGAAUAUAUUGUGCCCAUCAGAAGUUCUCGUGGUGUUCUCUUUCGUCUCCCUGCUCACCGGUAUUUCCGUAUUUGGUAGGAAACCCAGUGACGAUUCAUCGAGAUGUUAUAUGCCGCACGUACCGUAUCGAGAGUCCUCGUCUUUCUCCCUAUCGAGUGCCAUGCGCGACUUAAGUCCUCAUCUUCCUCCCUAUCGAGAGUCGUCGUCUCCUCUGAUACCCGAUGCGCCCGCCGUCCUCCCUCCUGCAAAUUGCCCUCGCCCUUUCCACUGAAAGUGCAUCUAGGCCCUCUAAGUGGGUUUUAGCUUAUUGAUGACAAAACGAUUAAGGAUCUAAUAUGUUUAUCUAAGUCAUGAAUAUGUCUUAGUCUAAAUUAA